AUGGUGGGUGCCAAGGCCGGCCCCAGCCCCAGCACCUCCCUGGGCCUGGCACAGCAGCGCAGCGGAAGCAGCAGUGUCCUAGUGAGAAGCCCCUUCUGUCAGGUGUGCUGCUGUGGGCCUGCUCCUUGUGCCAGCUGCUGCCACUCUAGGUGGCCCUUUCUCACCACAUCCACCUGCAGCCGCUUGUUCUACAUCUUCCUCCAUGUGGGGGCCUCAGCAAUCUGCUGCCUCCUGCUGUCAAGGACAGUAGUGGAAAGGGUGUGGGGCAAGACACACAGGAUCCAGAUGCCCUCAGGCUUGUGUGCCCACCUGUUUGGCCUCUCUGACUGUCCAGUGCUCAGUGGUUCUGGGGCUGUGUACCGAGUAUGUGCAGGAACCGCCACCUUCCACCUGCUGCAGGCUGUGUUGCUGGUCCACCUCCACUCCCCCACCAGCCCGAGGGCACAGCUGCAUAAUAGCUUCUGGCUCCUCAAGCUGCUGUUCCUGUUAGGUCUCUGUGCCCUUGCCUUCUGCAUUCCUGAUGAGCAUUUCUUCCCAGCCUGGCAUUACAUUGGCAUUUGUGGAGGCUUUGCAUUCAUCCUACUACAGUUGGUGCUUAUUACAGCUUUUGCCCAUUCCUGGAACAAGAACUGGCAGACAGGUGCAGCUCAAGACUGCAGCUGGUUCCUGGCUGUCGUGCUGGCCACCCUAGGAUUCUACAGUAUGGCAGGUGUGGGAGCUAUGCUCCUAUUUGGCUACUACACACACCCAGCUGGCUGCCUGCUCAACAAGAUGCUCCUCAGUCUGCACCUUUGCUUCUGUGGCCUCAUCUCCUUCCUCUCCGUCACUCCUUGCAUCCGCCUCAAGCAACCCCACUCUGGCCUUCUACAAGCCUCUGUCAUCAGCUGCUAUAUCAUGUAUCUGACCUUCUCUGCGCUGUCCAGCCGUCCUCCAGAGAGACUAAUCCUUCAAGGACAGAAUCACACCCUGUGCCUGCCUGGCCUGAGUAAAAUGGAACCCCAAACACCAGAUACCUCUCUAGCAAUGCUGAGUGCUGGCAUCAUGUAUGCUUGUGUACUUUUUGCUUGCAAUGAGGCCUCCUACCUGGCUGAGGUAUUUGGACCCUUGUGGAUUGUCAAGAUUUACAGCUAUGAGUUUCAGAAGCCCUCACUGUGUUUCUGCUGCCCUGAAAGAGUGGAGGCAGAUGAAGGACAAAGGGGUGGGGCUGCUAGGCCAGCUGACCAAGAGACCCCUCCAGCUCCUCCAGUCCAAGUCCAGCAUCUUUCCUACAGCUAUUCUGCCUUUCACUUCGUCUUCUUCCUUGCCUCACUCUAUGUCAUGGUUACUCUUACCAACUGGUUCAGCUAUGAGGGAGCAGAACUGGAAAAGACCUUCACCAAGGGUAGCUGGGCCACCUUCUGGGUCAAAGUUGCCUCAUGCUGGGCCUGUGUACUCCUCUAUCUGGGGCUGCUACUGGCACCACUCUGUUGGUCCCCCACCCAGAAAUCUCGGCCCCUUAUUAUCAGGCGACGAAGGCGACACCGCCACUGCAUCGUAUCCCCAGAUAAUAAAUAUCCUCCAGCCUAA